AUAAAUAAAUUAAAAUGACUACUAUAAGAAAAAAACAACAGUGGUACAAAAAAGAUACUUGGCUGCGAUGGACAUUUGAAAUCUUGUGCCUUUUAGUGCAUUCCAGUCAUUCCUCACAGAUUUUAUCAUAUCCCACAGCCCAACAGGAACACGAUCUAAUAAUAUUAGAUGCCUUGUCACGUAGAAGUGGCACGGGUUAUUAUGGCGAAAAUUCCGUUAUGGAAAUGCUAGCAAGAAUGAUCCCUCAAACCUGCCGCUAUCGUGGCCAAAAAUUUGAAUGUGGCCUUUCGAUAUCCUGUGUAUUGGGCGGUGGCAAACCUGUGGAUUUAUGUUCGGGUGGCAUGAUUUGGUCUUGUUGUGUUGACAAGGACUCCAAUGAUGAGGAAAGCAAUUCAAAUGCUGCCCAAGUUAAUAACACCAGUGACAUCAUACAUUUAUAUGACAUUUAUCCGGAUAUGGCUAAUCAUAAUAAACAUCACAGCAGUGCAAAUUACAUACAACCCCUAAAUCGUCCCCUGCAUGGCAACACUUUGGGUUCGCAUGCCACCUCAACCAGUCACUCGGCAAUAUCCAAUUAUCCCAGCAUCACAAAUAAUCAUCAAUAUCAAUUAUCGUCAUCUGCAUCGGCACACUACACCACCAAUCGUCCACAUUCCCAGCCACCGCUAAUAAAUUACAAACCUCACACCACUAGACCGGGAAGUGGUAAUGGAUUUUCGAAUGGUCCGGGUCCUUGGGAUCAUGAAACAAAUCAUUUGUCAGGAGCAGCGCCACAUACGGGCAUAACCAAUCAUUUGGAUAAUUUCUUUGAUGUACCACCAGAACCGCAGGUACAGAGACCACAGGGCUUAGACAGCAGUGCACAUAGUUUGGCGGGCAAUGAUGCCGCCUAUGCGGUGGGCAAUGUUCUGGAUUUGAAUAAUGGUGAAAUUGGCGAUGACUAUGGGGGAGGCACUACCAAGUAUCCAGAUAACUCAUAUCGUCCAGUACCGGGUUGUGGUGAAAUCUUUACACGUUCCAAUCGUAUUGUGGGCGGUCAUUCAACAGGUUUUGGUUCCCAUCCUUGGCAGGUGGCCUUGAUUAAAAGUGGUUUCCUAUCGCGCAAGCUAAGCUGUGGUGGUGCUCUUAUUUCCAAUAGAUGGGUGGUUACGGCGGCUCACUGUGUAGCCACCACUCCCAAUUCAAAUAUGAAAAUACGUCUGGGUGAAUGGGAUGUCAGGGGCCAAGAGGAACGUUUAAAUCAUGAGGAGUUUGCGAUAGAACGUAAAGAAGUACAUCCGCAUUAUAAUCCGGCCGAUUUUAAAAAUGAUGUAGCGCUGAUACGUUUAGAUCGUAAUGUGGUGUAUAAGCAGCAUAUAAUACCUGUCUGUCUGCCACCGGCCGCCACUAAAUUAGUGGGUAAAAUGGCCACUGUAGCGGGUUGGGGUAGAACGAGACAUGGACAAAGUACCGUGCCUUCUGUGUUACAGGAAGUCGAUGUAGAAGUUUUAUCCAACGAUCGCUGCCAACGUUGGUUCCGUGCUGCAGGCAGACGAGAAACAAUACAUGAUGUUUUUCUAUGUGCCGGCUACAAAGAAGGCGGUCGUGAUUCUUGUCAAGGUGAUUCUGGAGGGCCUCUUACUCUUUCACUAGAUGGCCGUAAAACUCUGAUCGGUCUAGUUUCCUGGGGCAUUGGUUGUGGUCGUGAGCAUUUGCCUGGUGUCUAUACAAAUAUUCAAAAAUUCGUUCCUUGGAUUAAUAAAGUGAUUUACAACGAAAGCACGUAGUAUCCAUUCGUUGUAACAGCUGCAACAGUUGGCCUUGGCCGUUUUUCCAACUGAAGUGAUUAAUAUCAUCAACAACUCGGGGUUGUUAGUACUUAAGUCACAAAUUCCAUUUAGACUAAAGCUAAAGAAAAAUUUUCAUUUCUAUAUAAUUUCUGAGAUUUGAGUCCUUAAUUUAAAAAGUAUUUAUUGUGUGUUUCUAUUUCUUUUCAUAAUUUUAUUGUAAAUUUAUUUAAUCUUUUUUUUGUACUGAAUUGUAUUAUUAUAGGAUUUUAAAUGUAAGAUUUUAGCUUAACAAAUUAUUUAUUUUUUUCACUACUCUAAUAAUUUUAUAUACAUAUUUUUAAAAAAUAAUUUAAACAAAAUAAGUUAAAA